AUGGAUUCAAUAAGGGGUGGAGGCGAAGACCAAGAUGAAGGGAUCCGUCUAACAUGGGAACCGUCAGACGCAGUGGUCGCAGCGGGCGAGAGCACCGUGCUCAACUGCGCGGCGGUGGCGGGAGGCGUCGUUAGAAUAGCGUGGAGGCACAGCGCGCAGAUGCCUACCAGAGAGCAUGCCGUGUCAGCAAAUGACAAGUACAGGAAGCAGCUGCCUAACGGGUCCCUGGUGAUCGAGAACAUGUCCGCGUCCACCGCGGGGCAGUACCAGUGCGUAGCCAGCGUCGACGGCAUCGGUACCAUCGUUUCGAGACUCGCUACUGUUUUCCUCGCAGAGCUGCCAGAAGUGAGUGGCGGUGCGCGCAGCGUGUUGGGCGUGCUGGGCGGGCCGGUGCUGCUGCCGUGCGGGCUGCGCGCGCCGCCGCGGCUGGCGCUGCGCGUGCUGAGCGCGGGCGGCGCGCCCGACCGCAGGGUUUAUGGCGCUUCCAAAGUUCACAUCAUGCCGCCGACGCUCAAACUCAACGUGACGUGGCUGAAGAACGGUUCUCCGGUGCGCCUGGAAUCGGCGCGAGUUGCAAUAACGCCGAGCGGCGCACUCGAGAUAGAGCCUCUGCGCGCGCACGACGCGGCGUCGUACCGGUGUCGAGUCGCGCUCGCCUCGCACCCGCAGCUUUACAAGACGAGCGAAGAGAUGGAGUUACGCGUGAACGCGGAUGUGGCGGGCACCGAGUCACCGCCGCGGUUCAUCGCCACACCUCAGCCGGCCACUGUCAUGGAGGGCGCGUCCGUGACGUUCGACUGCGCGGCGGUGGGCAACCCGAAGCCGGAGAUGUCGUGGCUGAACAACGGCGUGGCCAUCGACCUGUCCGACCUGGACUCGCGCUUCUACCUGGCGGGCUCGGGCUCGCUCCGCGUGCAGUCGGCGCGGGCGCUCGACGCCGGCGCCUACACCUGCCGGGCCCACAACAGGCUGGACUCCGCCGACCACACCACCCAGCUGCACGUUCUGUCGGCGCCGCGCGUGCAGCUGCCGUCGGGGCCGCUGGUGGCGGCGCGCACGCGCGGCGACGUGACGCUGCGCUGCGAGGCGCGCGGCCGCCCGCCGCCGAGGGUGCGCUGGCUCAAGGACGGCGAGCCGCUGUCGCCCAACCAGCACGACAUCGCGCUGGUGGACGGCACGUCGCUGCGCAUCCAGGGCGUGCUGCUGGUGGACGCCGGCAUGUUCCAGUGCUUCGCCAGCAGCGCCGCGGGCUCCGCGCACGCCGCGCUCCGACUCAAGGUCGCCCCGCCGGACCUCGAAACAAACGGCACCCAAAAAACCUACACCAAAUCGACCCAAGACAUUUUCAAUACCCUCGUUUCCUCCCCUCUCGCGGACCCUCCCCCCGAUCCGGAACCUUCUCAAAACCUAGAUCGAACUGGUGACCUAGAUUCCUACGAUGACCUAGACUUAGACUUGGGAGAAACGUCAUCAGCGUACACCCCGCAACCUAUAUACGACAAUUCAUAUACAGACGUGUAUGACAACAAUUUGAACUUUUUACACGCGGCUAAAGAUCUGGAUGUAUCGAGACAAGGUAACGAGAGUAUCGUCUCUGUGCCGAGAGGGCUAAAGGCGGUAAUCGUAAAGCAUCGGUUUGUGACGUUGAGCUGGGAAGAGCCGGAGACUAAGAAUGAGGAAAUUCAGGGUUAUGCUGUUGUCUAUAAGGUGAAAGGGAGUGAGAGAGAGCGCGUGUCCCGCGGCGGCCCCUCCAAGCACGAGAUGAACGUAGCGUCGCUUCAGCCCAACACAACUUAUCAGUUUGCUAUCUUGGCCUUCACCGAACAUGCCGUGUCGCCGCCCAGUCAAAUAAUCGAGGUGACUACCCCCGAGGAGGAGCUGACGUACGGUCCCCCCACGAACGUCAGGGCCGAGGCCGUCGGUCCCCACGCCGUGCGCGUAUCGUGGUCGCCGCCCGCCGCACCGACACCGCCCGCCAAGUACUCCGUGCACUACAGCGAGGCGGAGAGCGGCCGCGAGCAGUUCCAGUACGUGGACGCCGACCUGGGCGGCGACGUCGUGGCCACGACGCUGAGCGGGCUGCGCGCCGCCACCGCGUACUGGCUGCGCGUGGCGGCGGCGGGCGGCGCGCCGGCCGGCGAGCUGCGCGUGCGCACGCCCAGCGACGUGCCCGCCGCGCCGCCGGCCAACGUCAGCGCCGUCUCCACGGGCGCCACGAAUUUGACAGGAUAUUACGUAGAUUUGGCGCCAUCUACCGAGUACAGGAAUGGGGACCUUCAUAACAAAGGAUAUUUGGCCGGAAUUCUUGCUAUAUUGAAAUAA